UGCAAAGGGCUAAUCCAAAGCGUCAAAUUUAUGUAAUCUAUUUCGUAAUUAUAUCGUGUAUAAUAUAAACAUAUUGAGAACAGAAUGCAGAUUUAUCUUAAAAAUCUACAAACUGUGACACGCAACCUGUUGUCACAUUCUUUCAAGAACCAGGUAUGCUGCCAUAGAUUCCAAAGAUGUUUUCAGACAGGCAAGGUCAGCUACAGUCAGUUUAAUGCACUAAGACAUCACAUCACGUCACAAAAGAAGCUGUCUUCAGUUGUUGUUUCCCAGAUAAUCCGGAGGACUGGUACAGCAGCCGGGAAUGUUGUACCAGAGAUCACUCCACAUGCCCAGAAGAUUGUUGGUCGCUGGCUCCUCACAUGUGCAGGCAUGUGUGUGGGGGCAGUCAUUCUCGGGGGAAUCACCAGGUUGACAGAGUCUGGCCUGUCGAUGGUGGACUGGAAGCUGUUUAAGGACAUGAAGCCCCCAAGAUCACAACAGGAGUGGGUGGAGGAGUUUGAGAGAUAUAAGCAGUACCCAGAGUAUCAAUUUAGUGGGAAAGAGAUGACACUGACUGAGUUUAAGUUUAUCUACUAUAUGGAGUGGGGCCACCGAAUGUGGGGGAGGGGAGUGGGGCUGGUCUAUGCUCUUCCUGCCAUCUACUUCUGGAAGAAAGGCUGGCUGACCCGCGCCAUGAAGCCCAGGGUACUUGUGUUUGGGGCACUCAUCGGCUUCCAGGGUUUUCUGGGCUGGUACAUGGUGAAGAGUGGCCUACAGGACCAGCCCGAGUCCACAGAUGUGCCGCGUGUCUCCCAGUACCGACUGGCUUCACACCUCGGCUCUGCCCUGCUGCUGUACACACUAUUCCUUUGGAAUGGCCUGUCACAUGUUCUGCCUCAAGUCAAGGUGCCCGAGUUCCGUCAGUUAAAAAUGGUGAGAGGCAUGUCCCAUGGACUCAUGGCCACUGUGUUUAUAACAGCCUUAUCAGGAGCUUUUGUAGCUGGCCUGGACGCUGGGCUAACAUACAACACAUGGCCUUUGAUGGCUGACCGCUGGAUUCCCACUGACCUGUGGGCCAUCAGCCCGAAGUGGAAAAAUAUGUUUGAGAAUGCAACAACGGUGCAGUUCAAUCAUAGAUACCUGGCAGAAUCUACCAUACUUCUGAUUGGAGGAUUCUGGUUCAUGUGUCGCAAGUUCCCCCUCCCACCUCGAGCCAGGAUGGCUGUUAACUGCCUCUUCGGAAUGGCUCUUCUUCAGGGUACCCUGGGAGUGUUAACGUUGCUGUAUUUCGUCCCAACCCACCUGGCGGCCACGCACCAGUCUGGCUCCGUGGCACUGCUCUCAUUCGCUACAUGGUUCGCUCAUGAGAUGAAAAAAAUGCCCAAAUAAUUAAUUAAUAUUUAUAUUUGCGGAAGUGUUAAAAUGGUUCAAAACCUUGUUCAUGUGAUAGUUUAUUUGUUGGAAAAUUAAUGCAAGAUCCAAAUUUACUUUAUUGAUUGAUCAUAAAAAGCAAGAUUUUGUAAAAAGAAUUGUUUGAGUUAAAUGUAUUGGGAUUUUAACCGAAAUUCAACUUAUUUCGUUUCCUUUUAUGCUUAAAUUUAAUAAAAAUAUUUCAAUUCGCAAAUAUUUGGAAAUUCUCUUUAAAAAUCACUUUGGCGAUGAAAUCUCAAAAUAAUUCAACCUGACAUGGUGAAUGUUGUUGCUUUUAUAAAGCAACAUGAGAAUAAACAUUUUUAAGAGUAAAACUAACAAAAAACAGCAGUGAAAUUGACAUGAUAUUCCACUGAAAACCAUAAAGGUAUAUCAGAUUUUUGUGCUGUUGACUAAAGGAUAUUUCACAUUUCAUGUACAUAUUGUGAUUUUGAAUGAACUAAGUUGCUUUGAUUUUUAUAUAUUCCUUCAUUUUCUAUUAACAAUAGCUUUUUUGCUAACUGUUUACAGUGAUAUAUCUAAACAGUAUUUUUAGUAUGUGGAACUUCCAAUAGUUUUGUAAAGGGCUGUUUCUUUAAGAACCCUAGUAGCAACUUUGUGCCUAGAAGAUUUUUUUCAACAGUAGUACCAAGUAACUACCACAUUUUAAAUCCUAGUGUUUCAUUAAAAAUCCUACCUAAAUAUAGCAGCAGAAGUUACUGUUAAGAAUCUCUAGAAGUAUGAAAUUGCUCCUAUUAUUCUUGAUGAAACAGCCCUUCGUUUAUUAAACUUACUGGUACCGGUACUCUUUCUUUUCUAUUGUGUUCAUGCAUUCAUGAUUACAAAAAACUUUUGAUGUGCAUUUGCAAUUUAUUGUCAUGGAUGUUGCAAAGACAAGUCCUUAGGAUGUGAGGUUCUUGCAUUUAUGUGUACAAAUGUGUCUUAAUUUUGAACAAAAUAAAAUGAGACAACAGAA